CAAUUUGUGCGUUAGGACAAUUUAAUCGGAGCAGGCGACACGAUGGCGGCAUCGAUCCUUCGCAGGAAAAUUCCUCUCGUUUCCACAGGCGAGCUCAGCGCUCCCCCUUCCCCACGGGCUAGCCGCAGCCAAUCACGGCCCGGCGCGGGGGCGGGGUCAGCAGAGAGGCAGCACUUAAUUGGUGAUGGUCACUCUGAUUGGAUGACGGAAAAAGUUGAUUUGUCUUCAUUUGUGUCAACGACCGAGUCUUCUCCCUGCUCAUCUCAUCCACCCUCACCGUUAGAACAGGAUGUCAAGGUGCCCUCGGAUCUGGAGGUUAUGACCUCUCUGCUGCAGGAGGAGCUGGCUCAGCUGGAGGACUACUUCCGCUCCGAGUCCACAUCCACCACAAACAAGUUGGAGAAAUCUUCAAAAUGUGACAAGGUUGCCCAAGCCAUGGGCUCCCAGUCUUAUUAUCAGUUACCCUAUGGCUCAUAUGGGACCAGCCAAUCAGAAAGCAGCCCUUUGGUAGUUACCUUGGCAACAGGGGAACUGGACCUGGCCAGUUUUUGCGGUGGUCCCAUCAACAGAACCAAAAUUGCACGGCCCGCACCAUACAGCUAUCAUCACCGCUACCACCACAACAACAGUCGACGGCUCCUUGGUGAGUCUGUGAAAGUCGGGGACGAAGUUGGACUUGAAACGUGGGGCUCCAGGGGCUGUUACUCAGGGAGCACGGAGUUGUCGGUGAACCACUACUCGACACUGAAGACAGUGAGCAAGAACAGCGUCGGCAGCGUAAAGAAGGUGAGAGAAUGUGCUUUAUCGUUGAAGGAAGAGGAGAGUUACUGUUUCUCAGAAGGAAUGUUUUGCAGCGAAGAGAUUGCCCGAGGUUUUUGUCUGGGUGGCUCGUACGACAACCACCACAAGAGGGAGGGACAGCUAAUGCACAAUGUGAAGGUCAAUGUAAGUUACGACAGUGCAGGGCUCGAGGUCCUGCACUGCAGCAAGGAUGGAGGACUGUCUGGAAGUAUUCCCCAAGAGACAAUGGUAGCCGGUGAUGGCUACUUCCACCAGUCUAUGGGUGUCACAGAGCCUUACCAUAGCUUUAUAGGAGACCUAGAUCAGCCAGCACAAGCACAGCCUGUGGAGCCCCAACAUGGCCACUACCUCUAUCCAGAAUGCCUUGCAGACCAAAGCUAUGAAUGUCUGUCCAGAGAGGGUGAGGGGUCGUUGAUGGGUCCCCCUAUUCACCGCCCCACCCAGAGGUUAAAGGAUGAGCCAUGCUCCGUCAAGCAGACCCUGGUGAUGGGUGCAGCUUCUCUGGAUUCCUGCAGUGGAGAGAGGAAGCAGAAAAAAAGGGACCAGAACAAAACUGCUGCCCACAGGUACAGGCUGCGUAAGAGGGCGGAGCUGGAUUCUCUGGAGGAGGAGCUACACGGACUCGAGGGGCAGAACCGCGAGCUCCGUGACAAAGCGGAGUCAGUGGAGCGAGAAAUCCAAUACGUCAAAGAUUUACUGAUCGAGGUCUACAAGGCUCGCAGUCAGCGGCUCAAACAGGAUGGCAGUGCCUGAAAAAAAAAAGCCCACGCUGACCUCAAAACUUGCAGCCCUCCCAAACACAACCAAGAGAAUCACGUCCAAGAGCACCAACUGGUUUUUGUCUCGGCGUAAACGGAACAGUAGUUGCAUGAUUCUGAUAGUUCUUUUAAAAAAGCCAACGUUCAAAGAAAAGAAGAGAACUUUUCCAGAGAUCGAGGGAAAAAAGUGAAGUGUUCAAAUGGGCGACUAAACGAUAACCAGCCUUAGUGAGGUGGCCUGAGGAGAUGCUGAACUUGUCCGUGAUCACUGUGAUUGGAACUGUUCUCACAGCCUAGUGAUGACCGGGUUUGAGCUUGCAACGAUGUAUUCUUUACAAAAUGCUCUCUUAAAUGAUUAAAUCUGCUUGUUGUUUUUUGUGACACAUCAGCCCCCUUGAGGAUGCUAAAUAU